AUGGCUGAAAAACGUGUUUUAAUCUUAGACGAUUGUCAAGUUCCAUCUACGAUAGCUUCACAUUCAUGGUCGGAUUUCAUUGAUGAUGAUGAUAAUAUAGAAUUAUAUAUUUUUACUAGUAAUGGUGCAUUAUCUGAAAAAGAUAAAUCUUCUCCACAUAUUCGAGCCUAUAAGGAAAUAGCACAUCCAACAACAGAUGGUACACUUGAAUUAUGGGCAUUUGAAAUGUAUAAAAAAUAUUCAUUUACACAUGUCUAUACAAACAAUGAAGAUUUAUCUUUUUCAGAUAAUGCACCAUUACUAGUAAAAAUAUAUAAUUCUAUAUUAUCAUCAUCAU